GGAAAAUGUCACCUGAUUCACACUGAACUUUUUAAAUCUCCCCACCCCCGAGCAGGCACACACACACAUUAGGAGACCGCCCACCGCAGACAGCUAAGACCCCCGUAUAGAUUUAAAGAGAGACUGCAUUCAGAGCCUGACGUUCAUUCAAUAGAGCGAUCAUAAGCAGGCUGGCUGGUGCUCGCUCCGUCUCUCUACUCCCCUUCACGCUGUUCCUGUGUCUCUCUCACUCCCUGCUACGCUGAGGAUGUUAAAUCAGAGGAUCCACCCGGGCAUGCUCGUACUCCUGAUGUUUCUCUACCACUUCAUGGAAGAUCACACAGCGCUGGCUGGGAACUGCUGGCUCCGGCAGGCACGGAACGGCCGCUGCCAGGUCCUCUACAAGACCGACCUCAGCAAAGAGGAGUGCUGCAAGAGCGGCCGCCUGACGACUUCGUGGACGGAGGAGGACGUCAACGACAACACGCUCUUUAAGUGGAUGAUUUUUAAUGGGGGAGCCCCUAACUGCAUCCCGUGCAAAGAAACAUGUGAGAACGUGGACUGUGGACCCGGGAAGAAAUGUAAAAUGAACAAGAAGAACAAACCUCGGUGUGUUUGUGCUCCAGAUUGCUCUAAUAUCACCUGGAAGGGCCCCGUGUGUGGCUUAGAUGGGAAAACCUACAGGAACGAGUGUGCCCUUCUCAAAGCCAGAUGUAAAGAACAGCCCGAACUUGAAGUCCAGUAUCAGGGCAAGUGCAAAAAGACCUGUAGGGAUGUUUUAUGCCCAGGCAGCUCCACAUGUGUGGUGGAUCAAACCAAUAACGCCUACUGUGUGACAUGUAAUCGAAUUUGCCCUGAGCCUACCUCCCCUGAACAGUAUCUCUGUGGGAAUGAUGGCAUAACUUAUGCCAGUGCCUGCCACCUGAGAAAAGCGACCUGCCUGCUGGGCAGAUCCAUUGGAUUAGCCUACGAGGGAAAAUGCAUCAAAGCGAAGUCCUGUGAAGAUAUUCAAUGCAGUGCUGGGAAGAAAUGCUUGUGGGAUUUUAAGGUUGGCAGAGGUCGAUGUGCCCUCUGUGAUGAGCUCUGCCCUGAAAGCAAGUCAGACGAGGCAGUCUGUGCCAGUGAUAACACGACUUACCCGAGCGAGUGUGCCAUGAAGGAGGCAGCCUGCUCCAUGGGCGUGCUUCUAGAAGUAAAGCACUCUGGAUCUUGCAACUGAAUCUGCCAAUAAAACCUGAGCCAUUGAUUCUUCAGAACUUUCUGCAGUUAUGACUUCAUAGAUUAUGUAUAAAAACCCUUAUUGCAUAACAGCAGAUGCCAAAGAGCAUCUCACUACAAGUCGCAUAAAAUGCAACGCUGUAUUAUGGCUGUUCAGAGGGCUUUGAAAACAUGCACUGAGCUGCUUCUGCGCUGUUGUUGUCUUUAUUUAAACAACAGCUCCCCUGUAUUCCCCCAUCUAGCCAUUAAUGAAGACCCAGAGGAAGAAGAGGAAGAUGAAGACCAGGACUACAGCUUUCCUAUAUCUUCCAUUCUAGAGUGGUAAAACUUCCAUCACUAUGGGGACAGCCAUUGGGCACAAAAUCAAUGUCCAUACUGUAAAAUAAGUGUAUGCUUAUUUAUUUUGGGGAGAAAAAAAAAAAAAAAGUAUACAUAUAGUUGAGUCUCGUAGACAUUUAUUUAUACUGUGUCAUGUUUUAUAAUUUAUACAUAAAAUGUCUGGUUGACUGUACACCUUGUUUUUUGAAGAAGUUUAUUCGUUACGGGAAGAGCAGUGUUAUUUAUUGUGAGGUCUCUUGCUUGUAAAGUAAAGCUUUUCUUUCUUCUUGUAAACUAUGAAAGUCCAUUCCUUAAAACUUACUUACAAAAAGAUGGUUUCAUCUUUUUGUUUUAUUGGGGUUAUCUUUUUUUCCACUUUAAAAAUCUUGCAUGUUGAUUUCUGUUAUGUUUAUUUAUUGGAUUUUCUUCUUGCCUGUUCUGUACAUAAAAGAUCCCUCGGGUUUUUGUUUACAAGGAAUCUUGACUGACCAAAAGGCGUUGUAACUGACUUAAAUAUACUUCCAGGGUGCAGUGAGGCGAUCUUUAAGGAAACUUCUCCCCCUUCACUUUUCUCUGCUUCUGAUCACAUCAUGUCCUGAUGUGAUCUCAGUGUGCUCAGCAUAUAUACUAUACUAUAAGAAUUACGGACCCUAAGAAAUCGGACUAUGAAGGUUUUUAAUAGCUACAGGGCUAACUGUAAUAAGAAUAAAGGUUUUAUUUUAUUUUUAUUCUUUUUUUUUUUUUUUUGUAACAUGCAUAAGUGUUUAUCAGGUGUUUCCUUUAAGAUGGUCUUGCAGUUCCACCUUCAAAGUUAUGUUUUCCCAACCAGUGUGUCACUAAAAGUUAUAUCAAAGCUUUAUCAGUUCAAGUUUCUUGCUUUUCAUAAUACUUUUUUUUUUCUGAUGCAAUUUUAUAUUUUCAAACAUGGCGAGUUAAAUAUAAAUUCAUUUAAAUAUAUAGUUUUGUACUUUUCUACCAUGUAAAUGUGCAAUGUAUAUAAAAGUUAUAAUGUGUAUUUGUAAAUAAAUGAUGAGUGAAAAAAUAAAAAAUGGAAUUUUCCCUA